AUGCACUAUCAAGAACAAAUGGAGUCUCUUAUGUUAGGUGAAGAACGCAGACGAGGAAACUGCGUUCGAGACGCAGACGCGGAAGCAGAAGACGGUUUUAACUCUCCCUCUUCUUUUCCAAACUCUCCUGAUGAUUCGGACCGUCGCAGUUCGUCUUCAAGGAGAGGAUUAUCGAAACAUUACAAAGGAAAAUCACAGUCAUUCACAUCGUUGUCGGAAGCACUAACCGUAGAAGAUCUCGCGAAACCUGAGAAUCCAUUAAACGCAAAGCUGAAGCAGCGACGAGAAAACCCUCACUGUCGACGAUUCUCCGGAUGCGGCGGAGCAUCGGAGAGAAAUCUAAGCGGUCACGACGUUUUUCUCGCCGGAAACGAUAGACCACCGCGACUUUCCGGCAACAGACCGCCUCUGAGAGCUCAGACGCUAUCGGCCACUCAAAUUUCGUCUUUGCUCACUCGAACUUAA